AUGGAAUUAUUCAAGUUGAAUCGCCAACGCCUAUGCGAAGCAUUACGUGCCCAUCGAACAUUACCACCAGAUUCAUUUGUUUUCCUUCAAGGCGGUGCCAGUGAAAUGCGCUAUUGUAGUGAUCACGAACCAUUGUUUCGUCAGGAAUCGUACUUCCAUUGGGCAUUCGGCGUGGUCGAACCCGAUUUUUACGGUGCAAUCAAUGUUCAAAAUGGUGAAUCGAUAUUAUUUAUUCCACGUUUACCUGCAGCCUACGUUGCAUGGAUGGGUAAAAUAAAAGAACCAGAUGAAUUUAAGAAAAUUUAUCAUGUUGACCGUGUUUACUAUGUCGAUGAAUUGGAGAAAACCUUUAAUGAACUUGUCGGCAAAUCGAAAUUAAUUCUCGUGUUGAAUGGUUUAAACACGGACAGUGGAAAAGAAUCGCAAGCGGCUCAUUUCCCUGGAAUCGAAAACUUCCAUGUUGAUAAAACAACCUUACAUUCCAUUAUUAGUGAAUGCCGAGUGUUCAAGACCGAUAUGGAAUUAGAUGUGAUGCGAUACGCUAAUAAAAUUAGUUCCGAAGCGCAUAAAUUCGUCAUGUUGAACAUUAAAGAUGGGAUGCUGGAAUACGAAAUCGAAUCGAUGUUUCAAUACUUUUGUGGUCGUUAUGGUGCAAUGCGUCACAUGUGUUAUACUUGUAUAUGUGCUACGGGUGAUAAUCCGGCAAUACUCCAUUAUGGUCAUGCUGGCGCACCUAAUGAUCGACAAUUGACAUCGAAAGAUAUGUGUUUAUUUGAUAUGGGUGGAGAAUACUAUUGUUAUGCAUCAGACAUAACCUGUUCAUUUCCUGUUUCUGGCCGUUUUACCAACGAGCAGCGUAUCAUCUACGAAGCUGUACUUGAUGCUAAUCGGCAAGUAAUGAAAGCUGUUCGACCGGGUGUAUCUUGGGUUGAUAUGCAUUUGUUAGCCGAACGAACACAAUUGGAACAUUUGAAAGCAGCUGGUCUUGUUCAGGGUGAUAUUGAAGAAAUGAUGAGCGCUCGACUAUGCGCUGUUUUCAUGCCACAUGGUCUGGGACAUUUCAUAGGCAUCGAUACGCAUGACGUUGGUGGGUAUCCCAAUCCUCAAAGUCGCUCGACACUGGUUGGAUUGAAAUCUUUACGAACCGAUCGUAUCUUAGAAGAACGCAUGUGUAUUACCAUCGAACCAGGAAUUUAUUUUAAUCCAAGUCUAUUGAAUAAUGCUUAUGAAGACGAAAAGUUAAAAAAGUUUCUAAACAAGAAUGAAAUCGAUAAAUAUCUGCACGUCGCUGGUGUUCGCAUUGAAGAUGAUAUAGCAGUAACAAGUGAUGGUUGUGAACUGUUAACCUUAGUGCCACGUACCUGUGAAGAAAUAGAGGAAUGGAUGUCACAUAAUUCCAAACAAGCUGUUGGCAAACUUGAUUACGAAUAUUUCGAUCAAUUGAAUAAAAAAUAUCAAUACAAAAAUCAAUCAAUAACCGUCACGAAGAAGAAUAAUUAA